UAUUUCAAGACUGAUUGGCAGAUGCGGUGUCUGCUGGUGCAGGUAUCGUAGAGAAGUAAAACGACAUGCGGAUGUUUGCGAAGAAAAGGGUUUUAUCAGUCAUAGCGGGGAUGAUGGUUUUGUCAUGCAUACUUUAUGUUAGAGACAACACAGGGACGGGGUAUCUGCCUCCCCCACUUCCGGUGAGGACAACCGGGGCACCGAGACUAUUCACUACUGACAAAGAGUCCACAAGCCUCUUCAGACAGUUUUCAGGCCUCUUCAACCGAUCUCUCCCGUGCAACACGACCCACCCCUGUCGACCCAAAGCUCGCACCAAAGUCAUUCUGCUCACGUACAUGCGCAGUGGCUCGACAUUUACAGGAGACAUCCUUUCUAAGCACCCGGAUGUGUUUUACUUCUUCGAGCCGCUUCACUUCCUGGUACAGGAAACACACACCGUAUUCGAUUAUUUGCGAAAACGGAAAUUUCGAUAUCACCAUCGCAACAAAACUCGAAUCUCCGGCUACAGUUUCAAGCGGUACCUGAUCCGAAGGGUCAUGUCGGCCCUACUGAACUGUGACUUUGAGAAGAUGGACAUCGAUACGCUUAGCCAGUUUCAUCUCAGAAACAGCCGCACAACGAAGUCGUUCUCCGACUGUUUGCAAGACAAGCCUGGCAUAUUUGGUCUCCUUCAUUGUCUGCCUGAACUCUACAAGGCGUGCCUCAACGCCAAGGUGAUUCUCACCAAAACCAUCGCCCUCAACAUGAAGAUAGCCAGGGAAAUUAUGUCUCGGGACUCCAAGGUGCGGGUCAUCCACCUUGUGCGUGACCCACGGGCAACUAUUUGGUCAGAAGGGCGGUACAGUUAUUAUAAAUUGAAAGAUUUCUGGACGUUUGUUGGAACUUUUUGCAAGAACCUAUUGGAUGACUUACAAGUUAUUGACAGAAUCAAAAAGAGAGUUCCCAAACGAGCUCAUGUGGUUCUGUACGAAAAUUUAGCAGAGCAUCCACUUAAUAUAUCUCAGAAGUUGUAUGACGUCUUGAAGCUGCCGUUGACCCCUUCAGUGUAUGACCAUGUAGUGAACAUUACAAUGAGGGGACAUGAAGAGAACUGUUCCAUGUGUAUUUCUAAAGCCGACUCGGCCAGGGCCUCCCAGGAAUGGCGUCUUCAUCUGGAGUACGACAAGGUCAAAUUUAUUGAUGAAGAAUGUCAACAGGUGUACGACUACCUUGGUUAUAAACCUGUCGAGAGCAAGGCUGUCUAUACUAAUUUGUCCAUCCCAUUACACACGUGGCCUAUUAUUUGAUCAAAGGAAUUUAUGCAUAGGUAAAGGUCUAUACAUGAACUGUUUUCUUCGUGUGAACUGCCAUUGCCCCCAUGGUUAGAGUAGGUCCCUUUGCUGGUUGCAAGAGGAGACCAAAUGGAUCGUGUGGUCAGGCUCGGUGACUUGGUUGACAGCGUGUUAUCGUACCCCGACGGCGUGGAUCGAUGCUCACAAUGUCAACCUCUAGAUGGUCUGGUCCAGACUCGAUUAUUCACAGGCCGCCGUCAUGUAGCUGUAACAUUGCUGAGUGCGGCGUUAAACUACAAACGUGUCCAGUUCGAGCCCAGGGUUCGUGCAGAAAGCCAAAGAUCACGGUCUUGAGGCUGGUAAAAGAUUUGCCUCAUGUUUAAUAAAUACGGGUAUGUUGUGUGUCACAGAAGAAAAUCUUUGACUCCUACUUUCAAUAAAAGAAUGUGUGCGUC